AUGGAGAGAGGCGACCAAAAGGCAAAGCCGACCUCCACCACGUAGAAUUGCUUGCUUUUAUAUAAAGAUAGCAACACUCUUUUAACACUUGACAUCAUUCAUUCACACAAAACACUUCAAACCAAAACAAUGACUUUGUCCAUUUCCUUCCUUCUUCCUCUCCUCUUCUCCCUUUCCAUCAUCUCCACCGAUGCACUGACAUCACCAUCCGACGUGUCAGCUUUAAAAGCCUUCAAAGCCGCCGUGAAACCCAACUCAAUCCCUCCAUGGUCCUGUCUCGCAAGCUGGGACUUUACUGCCUCCGACCCAUGCGCCACACCACGUCGAACUCAUUUCACGUGCGGCAUCACUUGCUCGUCCGACUCCACACGUGUGACCCAACUCACUCUUGACCCGGUCGGGUACACGGGUCGUCUCACGCCGCUAAUCUCUGGUCUCACGCAGCUACUCACGCUCGAUCUCGCCGACAACAACUUCUACGGCUCAAUACCAUCUUCCAUCUCCUCCCUCGUCAGCCUCCAGACACUAACUCUCCGGUCAAACUCGUUCUCUAGGUCCUUGCCCGAAUCGGUAACUCGGCUCAGCUCAGCCGAGUCGAUCGACAUCUCGCGUAACUCGCUAACCGGGUCGCUUCCGAAAUCACUUAGCUCGCUCUCGAAUCUGAGACAGCUCGAUCUUAGCUACAACAAGCUCACCGGCUCGAUCCCAAAGCUCCCGCAGAGCCUCAUCGACCUUGCUCUAAAGGCGAACUCUUUAUCAGGACCCAUCUCAAAAGAGUCGUUCACCGAGUCGACUCAGCUUGAAGUAGUCGAACUCGCUGAGAACUCGUUCACCGGAACACUCGGAGCUUGGUUCUUUAAUCUGCAAUCUAUCCAACAAGUCGAUCUAGCGAACAACAGCAUCACCGGCAUCGAAGUCCUUCCUCCGAAGAAGCUCGCAGGAGAAAGCGACCUCGUGGCGGUGGAACUCGGGUUUAACCGAAUCGCCGGGAACGCUCCGGCGAGUCUCGCGGCGUACCCGAGACUUUCUUCGUUGUCUUUGAGGUACAACAUGCUUCACGGAGCGAUUCCGGCGGAAUACGAACGGAGCAAGACGCUGAGACGGCUUUUCCUCGACGGGAAUUACUUAACCGGGAAAGCGCCGGCGAGAUUCGUUAAACCGGAGACGGAAGUGAUGGGGAGUUUGGGGAAUAAUUGUCUGCAGGGAUGUCCAGGGAAAGCGAAGAUGUGUGCUCCAUCGCAGAAACCAUUUUCCAUCUGCAAGCAGGCUUAUGGUGGGAAACCAAAGUCAUAGUUUUGUCGGUGUCGGUCACCUUUUUGUGUCAGUGAUUUGUAAAAUAAUGGUCUUUUAAUGAGUUUACUCUAUAGUCUUGAAGAAAUAGUACUAAAAUAUUUAUUCAUCGAGAUCUUCGGAUGUUGGCAGAAAGUAAGAACUGCGUUGAAGGUACACAAUCUAAUGUAUAAAAAAUAAAAAACGGGAUUUUUUAGCCUGUUUGUUUCAUU